AAAUCUUAAUAAAACGUAUGCAAUAUUGGAAGCGAAAUCAAAAACAAAAAAUCAUUGUUUAAAUAAAGGAAAAUUUAUAAGAAAUAUACCUUCUUGAAUAUGGAACGCAGGAAAUGUAGUAUCGUUGCAGUCAAAGCAUACUCCGCCAUUAGAAGGCGUAGAAUGGCACACUGAAGUGGUGAAACCUCAAGCUGGAAGUUAUAGGCAUGGAAUUUCAGAAUUCUCAUUGAAGUUUUGGUCAAUGCCUUAUUUUCAACUGAGUCUAAACGUCGGGCUUCUAGGCAAACCUAGGAAUUUCGAAGCAUGGAAAGGAAUUUUCUUUUCGGAACUCCAAAUAUCUCCUCCACGAUCAUUUCAACGUGAACUUUUACCAUAAAUAUUGGUAUUUGCUUUGGUAUUUGCGUUGGGCUCAUGUUCUUAGAUCCAUACGCAAAUAUAAGUGUUACAUGUAAUAUAGUCUAUGACUUCCGGUGUCUCGUACCUUACUGAACUGUCUAGCCUUAACUACAAAUUUAAUUAGCAACAAUGCAGAUGAAGAAUAAAUAUUUGCUCAAACUUUAGAAAAUUACAACGAAACUCGAAUAUCGUACCCAUAGACUACUAUAUGUAUUUAUAUAGAACAUAUAAAGAGUUUAUAACGGGUGAUGCAAGUAGUAAUUUUUUCAAUCGCAUUUUUUGACAGAUCACGCCUGAGUCGUGUCAAGCUCAUGUUAUUUUUGUUCAGUUUUGUUUGGCAUUUCAUCCUGAACAACGUUUACAAAUCAUUCAACUUUAUUACGAAAAUUCUGUUAAAAAUGUGUUUUGCGGACUUCGGUCAACUUGUGGUCAACAUAAUCGCCCUACUGAACGACUUGGCGCAUUUUACGUCGAGAUCUUAAAUUGAAAGCGUACAGGUACAAAUACAGCUUGUGCAAGAACUGAAGUAACUCAACCUCCCCAAUCGACAUCACUUCGCUCUAUGAGCUCUUUUCUCAAAUUUGCCGCAUUUGGGACAAUGCGCAACCUGAAGAGAUUCAAAGCUGCCAUUUCAUGUAGAAAAAACAAGAAUUUAGUGGUUUGUGGGUCGGUGCAAUCAUCGGUCCAUAUUUCUUCAAAAUGCUAACAGUCGAAUUGCUGGAACGAAUCAUUGAAAAUUGGACUCAACGGAUGGACCAUCUGAGACGUAGCCGUGGCCAACAUCUGAAAUAUAUAAUCUUCAAAAAAUUAUAAUGAAUGUUUUUUCGAAUUAUAAUAAACAUUUCUGUUUUUUUUUCUUAAAAAAAAAUACCUCAAAAUGGAUCACCCUUUAUAUAUAAAAAAUAUAUACUGGUAUAUAAUUUUGCACUAUAUACACUAGAUAGUUUUGCAAGAUAAGAGCGCCAAUUAUUAGCGAUGUCCCAAAGUAUUUAAGGCCGACCCACAACCAAAAUUUUGCAAGUAUUCUACUUCCGGUCGAGCAAGUAGCAAUUGCGGGAUUAAAAAAAAAUAAUAAUGGCGCUUCAGUACAUUUUAUUACUCAAAUUCUUGUUUCUGAACGCGGUGUUGGCACGAAACCAAAAUGUCUUGGAGGCUAACAAACGUGAAACCGUCAAUAAUUCGACGCUCUUGGAAGUGCAUGUUAGGCUCUUCAACGACUUGCUCGCCAAGGAUGCGGCGGUGAAGGAUAAAAAUAUUGGUGAGCCAAUUACCGUCAAAACACACGAUUGCAUAGACGAAUUGGAAGAUGUUUUAACGACAGCUGUGCAAGAUUACGACUGGUGGAGCGCAACUUAUCUCAUUAAAGAGGUCGUCAAUAACACACAAAACGCCACUGUACAUUACAUAGGCUAUAAAGUUUUGUGGCGCAAGCUAAUAACGGAUAAGCUACAAUAUGAUCCCGCUUACGUAAUCGAUUUCUAUUCGAUACUCAAGAAUGUAACGCGCGAUUUAGGCACCCGCACAGGACCGUUAAUUGCGCUCGAGACCGAAGUGCGCGCACAACUCGUGGAGCGUAGUGCGCAACUGCUUGAGGUGACACUGCAUCCCGCUAAUUACAAUAACAUAAACGCAAUUUGUAUGAAUACGUCAAAUUAUGAGGUUGCGCGACGCAUACUCACACAAUUGGACGCAACUAAAAUGGGUGAACAUAUUUUUGAAGAAAUUUUGAAUGUGACCUUCGACGCUGUCGAGCAGUUGGAGAGCAAAGUGGACACCGUUAAAGCGCUCAACUGUUUGGGUUUGAAUGCCAAUCAACGCUUGAUAGCCCACUUGAUGUUCUUGCAGCGCAACAACGAUUUGCAUGAGCUGCUAUACAACAACAUACAACAACUUGUGGGCAGUUGUGAUCUGAAUAGCUUGGCGCCAAAGUACUGGGAACGUAUUGGCGCUUUCCUGCCGACAUCUAUGGAGGUGCUGCAUAAUUCCAGCGCCGUGUGCAUUCACAAUGUGACCGGUAGUUUCGGUUACCUGAGCGAGUGUUCGCAAACCUCUUUGAUGUGCACUUUUCAAAAUGGGUACAAAUACCGUUCAGCCUUUCGAUUUGAGCGCCUCUUGGGCAACAGGUACAUUUUCCAGAGCAUUUUUUGGCAAAAUUAUAUAAAAUUAGAGAAUAGUGGCUUUAAUGGCAACAGUACCGUGCCGCCGGCAUUCAUAAAAAACAUUUAUGGCUCGGCAACGCCGAGUGUGUGGCAAGCGGUGUUCGUGGGCAACAACGUUGCAUUAGUGGACCCCAGCAUGCGUCAGUACUUGUGUGGUGGCAAUCAGAGCAUGUGGAGCAAUGCAGAGCAAUAUGUUUAUAGCCGACGUGCCGAGGACUUUCAGUUGUAUCAGCACGAGUGUCUUUGGUUGGUAGAAGACUGCAGUGAUAUGAUCUAGUUGGUGGCGCUGAAACACAUAAAUUAAUUAAUGUUAUUGAAUGUUGUCAAAUUGAAAUAUAAUGAAUUCAUUUUUUAUAUAAUCGAUAUUAUCGAACGAAUA